AUGGCGCAUUCUAAAGACAAGAAGGAAAAGUCACAGAAGAAGGACAAGGUCGACAAGAAGGUCCAAAAGUCUGAAAAGACACAAAAGCCCUCCGCUCUUGCAGCUGCUGAAAAAUUGGACCCUACCAUUUCCAGCCUGUUCGCCAACUCUAAGGCAGAGUCAGAAGACGAAGAUGAGGGAGCCGACAACGACGAAGAGCUCUCAGAACUCGACGAAGAUGAGCUAGAUGCCAUUGACGCAGACGAUGACGAUGAAGUCGAGGCCGAAGUAGACGACGACAGCGAUGCUGAAGUGGAGGACGUCAAGGAAGCUCAAGCUGCUGCUCAAGCCGCCCUCGAGAGCAACAAUCGCAAGAGAAAGAGAAAGGACAAGCAGCCCGAAUUGGAAGAUGUAUACAUGGACAAACUCGGCCGCGAAGAGGAGAAGGCUAUCGCAAAAGCAAAAGAGGAUCGCACUUCUAAGCGCCAAAAGACCGAGAAGAAGGACUCCGACGACAGCGACAGCGAUGAAGAUACAGCCGAGGGCGCUGAUGCCAUGGAAAUGUCACCACCGCCAAUGCACGAGACUCUGGAGCCUGACAACGACUCGGACUUGGUGAAAGCACAACGUACAGUCUUCUUGGGCAACGUGUCCGCCGAGGCAAUCACAUCAAAAACGGCCAAGAAGACAUUGAUGCGCCAUCUUGAGUCAUUCUUCGAAGAUAUCGCCGACCCCGAGAAGGGACAGCCUGCACACAGUGUAGAAUCGCUUCGUUUCCGCUCGACUGCUUACGCCAGCGCCAUCCCAAAGAAGGCCGCUUUCGCAAAGAAGGAGAUUAUGGUCGAGACAACAAAGUCCACAAACGCAUACGCCGUCUACUCAUCAAACGCCCUGGCUCGUGAAGCCGCUCGCCGUCUGAAUGGAACAGUCGUUCUGGACCGUCAUCUUCGUGUCGACGAGGUUGCCCAUCCCGCAAAAACCGAGCCUAGACGAUGCGUCUUCGUUGGUAACCUUGGCUUUGUUGAUGAUGAAAGCAACAUCGACAAGGCCAAUGCCGAAGAGGGCAAGGGCACUCGCAAGGGCAACAAGACCCCCAGUGAUGUUGAGGAAGGCCUAUGGCGUACAUUCUCCACCUGCGGUAAGGUCGAGAGUGUUCGCGUGCCCCGUGAUCCCCAAACCCGAGUAGGAAAGGGCUUCGCAUAUGUCCAAUUCACUGCCGCCCUUCUCCUGAACGAGAAGAAGUUCCCUCCCAUGCUACCUCGCAAGCUACGUGUCACCCGCGCAAAGACCAUCAAGCGUAACGUCAAGCCCGGCAGCAACGCCGUCAAGGCACCCGGAUCCACCAACAAGAGCAUCUACAACCCCAAGGCCGACCCUGUUAUGCAGUCCAACAUGGGCCGUGCAGGAAAACUGCUCGGUCGCGCUGCAGCUGCUCAAGUCCAGAAGGGCAAACCGAUAGGAGGAACACCUCAAGGCUUCAAGACUCCUGAGAGCUUCAUCUUUGAAGGUCACAGAGCUAAGGCCGGGUCUGGUAAGAGUGGACUUAAGCUUGGUGGUUCGGGCAAGAAGAAGGGCAAGCCGAGAACCAGGAGCAGUAACAGAGCUGCUGCUUGGAAGGCUGGUGGUGGCAAGAAGAAGGACUAG